UUUGAAUUUUUUGAUAUUAAAAUUUAAAGAUAUAAAUAUAGUUAAGAAAAUUUAAUAUUAACUGCUGAAAAUUGAACAAAUAUUUUUAAUAAAAUGAAUUUUACUAUAUGUUACGAAAUAAUUGGAUUAUAUCAAAAUUUUGUUCUUAUAGCUUAACUUAUUUUAGUGCACCUGAAAUAUCAGUUCAAAUUAAUAUAAAUAUGGCAAAUUUUGAAGAGGAAGGAAGUGAUAAAGAAUUAAAUGAAAAUAUUAUUAGUACAGGAGGAGAAAAUCUUCAAGAUUUUCAAGAAGAAGCUGAAAAUAAUGCUCGUAUCGACGAAGAGCAAAAGGAAAAAUUAGUAAAAUUACCAUUAGGUAGAAUAAAAACAAUUAUAAAGAUGGAUCCUGAAGUGAAUAUGGUUAACCAAGAAGCUGUUUUCUUAAUUACAAAAUCUACGGAGCUUUUUAUUGAUUCUCUUACUAAAGAAUCAUACAAAUAUACAGCACGAAUGAAAAAAAAAACUUUACAAAAAAGAGAUGUAGAAAGUGCAAUUGAUAAUGUUGAUGCACUUGUAUUUUUAGAAGGAAUGCUAAAUUAAAAUUUAAUGGAAGAGGAAAAUACAUAGUUUUUAUUUUUGAUGUAAUAUAGUAAUAGCAUUAUUUUUGUACGUUAUCAAUAAAAUUGCAUUAUUAUAUUGAACAAAAUUAUGUAUAUAGGUUCUAAUUUUCAUACUUAAUGCAAAUAUUUAUAAAACAUAAGUGAAGAAUAAAUUUACAAUGAUACAUUUUUUAUAACUUAUGACAAUUUAAUGUGUAAUGCUAUAAUAUAAAUAUAAAAGUAAUAUAAAAGUAACAAUAUUUUUUAAAUAUGUGAAUUAAAAUAAACCCUGAAAUUUUAUUACACCCAGUACAUAGUCAAAGAAAACCUAAGUCUUUAAGAAGAAGAUACGAAAUUGAAUGUACAUAUUCUUUGUAUGAGGAAGAUAGUGGUUAAAUGCAUUUUGUUAUAUUUAUAUUAAAAUUUAUUUAUUUCAUA